AUGUUUGGAAAUAUUGCAAAAAGGCUUGCGGGUAAGACCAUCCUCAUCACAGGUGCCUCUGCCGGUAUCGGAAAGGCUACGGCCCAAAGUUUUGCCGAGGCCUCCAACGGAGACAUCAAGCUAGUGUUGGCUGCUAGAAGACUAGAAAAACUUGACGCUUUGAGGGACGAACUUUCUGCAAAGUAUCCUAAGUUGAAGGUUUACCCCGUGAUAUUGGAUGUGUCGAAGAUUGAGACGAUUGAGCCAUUUUUCAAAGGUCUUCCACAAGAAUUUGGAACAAUUGAUGUUUUGGUUAAUAAUGCAGGUAAGGCAUUGGGUCUAGACCCAAUUGGUAGUGUGAAUCCAAAAGAUGUCGAUGUGAUGUUUCAAACAAAUGUUUUGGGCAUGAUUCAACUCACCCAGCUUGUGGUGGCUCAGAUGAAGCAGAGAAACAAAGGUGAUAUUAUCCAAUUGGGUUCUGUAGCCGGUAGAAACCCAUACCCUGGUGGAGGUAUCUACUGUGCCACCAAGGCCGCUUUAAGAAGCUUUACUCACGUAUUACGGGAGGAAUUGAUCAAUACUCGUAUUAGGGUCAUGGAGAUUGAACCCGGUAACGUCGAAAGUGACGAGUUCUCCUUAAUGAGAUUUAGAGGUGACAAGUCACGUGCCAAAAAGGUUUAUGAAAAUAGCGAGCCUUUGACCCAGGAGGAUAUUGCUGAAUUGGUUGUCUUUGCUGCUUCAAGAAGGGAGAAUACCGUUAUUGCAGAGUCCUUGAUUUUUGGUACCAACCAGGCUUCUGCUUACCAUCUUUACAAGGGAUCUCUUGACAAUUAG